AUCCUCUUAAUUUGAUAUAUAUAUAGGUAACUUCAGAAAACCAAAAUGUGCAUUACAGAUCUACAAGCAAUAGGCAUCAUCUUGUAGCAUGAAUUACUUGAAUUCAGCCGAUGGAAACACUACUAAUUGCACUUACAGUGCCAGGAUCUCUUUGCUUCCUCAUCGAAGCAUUGCCAUGAAAGAAGCCAACAAUGACUUGGCUCAAGCUUAUGAAUACCAAGGCUUUUGGUUCCUGAAACAAGCUCUUAGAGGCCUCAUCUGGGCUCAAGAUCACUUCAAGCCUCACCCUGCAGCUACACUAGUGGCUUCCUACCCGAAAACCGGAACCACGUGGCUAAAAGCCUUAGCUUUCUCCAUAGCUACUCGAAACAGAUUUGAUCUUUCUAGCAAUCCAUUGGAGACCUCAAUAUCUCAUCAAUGCAUUCCUUUUCUGGAACUUGAGAUACCGAGAAGCCCGUCUCACAAGGAUCCCACGGAUACUUUUGUGUCUUGGUGGCAUUUUGCCCGAAAGAGGGCUCCAGAAGACGUGGAAUUCGUUCCCAUUGAGGAGGGGUUUCAGCAGUUUGCUGAGGGGUAUUCACUCUAUGGUCCUUACUGGGAGCAUAUACUUGGGUAUUGGAGAGCAAGCUUAGACAGACCUGAUCAAAUUUUGUUUUUAAAAUACGAAGAUCUGGUACUUAAUACGUCGUUUUAUGUUAAGAAGCUGGCUGACUUCAUUGGCUCUCCUUUCUCGAUUGAAGAAGAAAGAGAUGGCGUCGUGGAAAGAAUUAUAGACCUCUGUUCUUUCAAGCAUAUGAGUGGUCUGGAGGUGAACAAGAGCGGUGAGCAUAGUAAUGGUCUCGAUCAUGUUACUCUUCCGAAUAGUAUGUAUUUCAGGAAAGCCGAGGUUGGGGACUGGAAAAAUCACUUGCCUGCUAAAAUGAAAGAGCAGAUGGAUCAAAUCAUGGAGCUGAAACUAAGAGACUCUGGCUUAGCUUUGGGGAGCACUUCCAACCCUUAAUAUUGAUCAAAGUUCCAACCUAUUAUUGUGUCAAACCUCUUUGCUUGGAAGGCCUCUAUGUAGAUUCAUCUUUUUAAUUGUGUAAUAUAAUAUUUUAUCAUAUAAUAUUUAGUUCAUGAA